AUGUCCUCGACAAUUAGCAAGGUGGUGCAGGUUCCGAAGGAGCUGAUUGGCGCUACCGGCCAUCGCUAUCACUUCAAGGAGCUCCUCCAUCACAAGCCUCGUCUAGGCAGUAUCUGGGUGGCAACCCAUGGACGAGAGAAAUUCGUGCUCAAAGAUAUCCCUCAGAACAUCUUCUCUAAUUUCAAUGUAAGGAUCUGGCCUCGCCUGCGGGAAAAUCCAAGUCCAAAGAUACGAUUGCCGAUCGAUACAAUACCAGGUCGUCGGACGUACGUUUAUCAGUAUUUGCAGAGUGAUCUCUUCAGCCUCGUUAAGGACAACAUAUCAAUGCGCGCCCGCCGGCAAAUACUGAAACGCACGCUCCAAGCUAUUGCCGAUCUCCACUACCAAGAUGUCGUUCACUUGGAUAUGAAGCCUGAUAACAUUAUGGUGAACUGCAGACGCGAUGGAGAUGUGACCACCGUGGACAAGGUAAUGCUUAUCGACCUCGAGAACGCUGCGCACUUGCCCAGCGGCAGGUGCGUCAAAGGAAUGCUAGCGGGCAAUGACAAUUGGCGGAGUCCAGAGGCCCACUUCAAGAGUGAGCUCAGCAAACCGUCCGACGUGUUCUCUUUUGGUCUCAUUUGCGUCUACGCCAUCUUCGGCCGUGUCAUCUGCGGCGUCGACGAAGAUUUCCAAAAGCACGAAUCGCAAGGUGCAGUUCCAAUGGCAAUACGUCUACAACGUCUUGUGUCCUAUUUUGGCGAUGAAGAGGGUCUCAAUGGACUCAUGAGACAUGUGGGCGAUGAUGACACCAAUUGUCAAAUACUUUCGAUGCUCUGGGAAGAACGAAACGCAGAAUACAUUGGUUACAGACCAUUCUCGGAAUGGCCUGAAGACCAGGAGGAUGGGUUGUUCAGAGAUUUGUUCAAGGGAUUGAUGAAUCUUGAUCCAGGAAAGCGGAUUACUGCUGCACAAGCGCUGGGGCAUCCUUGGUUUGCUGAAGAAGGCAUUUGA